AAAGGAGUUCUGUGGGCUACUCUCCCUGCACUGCAAACUUCUGGUUCGAAUAACAAAGCAAUCAGAUCGAAUUGAUACAGGAGACCUGCAGAUAUUUGGGUUAGAUAAGUCCUGUUCUCUGUUUUUGGGCAUCAUUCUAAUUACUGAUCUUCUCUGGUCAUAUAAAACCUUCCACGCGACUUCUCCAACCGUCUGAUGACUUCUACAAUAUUUAUUUCACAGCUUGUGAAUCCAGGUGAAGAUCUGAACAAUAUUAAUCCUACAGAGACAUAUGUGAGGGGUGAUGAGCAGAGUACAGAGGACAUUCCUACAGAUAACCACCCAGAUGGCUGUAUUGAGAUCUCAGAGAAACAUCUGGUAUCUUCAGAUUUUGAAGUAGAUGAUCGUGGUAUCACACGAGAUGAAGAGUAUGCCAACAUCCAAGAUAUACCUUCAUCCAAUGACAGAAAAAAUGUAUCACUUAAUCCUUUUAAACAGGUCCGAUCUUCUGAUUCAUCACAGACUGUAGCACAGAAUAAAAGUCGUAGAAGAGGUGUUAAACAUCAAACAGUUCACGUAGGAGGGAAGCCAUUUUCAUGUUUAGAAUGUGGAAAAUGUUUUAGAUAUAAAUCAACUAUUGUUAGACAUCAGAGAAUUCACACAGGGGAGAAGCCAUUUUCAUGUUCAGAAUGUGGAAAAUGUUUUACCCGUAAAUCAUCUUUAUUGAAACAUCAGAGAAUUCACACAGGAGAGAAGCCAUUUUUAUGUUCAGAAUGUGGAAAAUGUUUUAAGCAGAAAUGGGCUCUUGUUAUACAUCAGAGAAUUCACACAGGGGAGAAGCCAUAUUCAUGUUCAGAAUGUAGAAAAUGUUUUAGUUGUAAAUCAGAACUUGUCACACAUCAGAGAAUUCACACAGGGGAGAAGCCAUUUUCAUGUUCAGAAUGUGGGAAAUGUUUUACACAGAAAUCAGCUCUUGUCAUACAUCAGAGAAUUCACACAGGGGAGAAGCCAUUUUCAUGUUCAGAAUGUGGAAAAUGCUUUAACAGUAAAUCCUCUUUUGUUCUACAUCAGAGAGUUUACACAGGACAGAAGCCAUUCACAUGUUCAGAAUGUGGGAAAUGUUUUCAUCAGAAAUCAGAACUUGCCACACAUCAAAGAAUACACACAGUGGAGAAGCAAUUUUCAUGUUCAGAAUGUGGGAAAUGUUUUAAUCAGAAAUCAGAACUUGUCACACAUCAAAAAAUUCACACAGAGGAGAAGCCAUUUUCAUGUUCAGAAUGUGAAACAUAUUUUACCCAUAAAUCAUCUCUUUUUAAACAUCAGAAAACUCACACAGGGGAGAAAGGAUUUUCAUGUUUAGAAUGUAGCAAAUGUUUUAGAUGUGAAUCAGAACUUGUCACACAUCAGAGAAUUCACACAGGGGAGAAGCCAUUUUCAUGUUCAGAAUGCGGGAAUUGUUUUCAUUGUAAAUCACAUCUUGUUAGACAUCAGAGAAUUCACAGAGGGGAGAAGCCAUUUUCACGUUCAGAAUGCGAGAAAUCUUUUACCCAUAAAUCAUCGCUAUUUAAACAUCAGAAAACUUACACAGAGGAGAAGCCAGUUUUAUGUUUAGAAUGUGGAAAAUGUUUUAGAUGUAAAUCAGAACUUGUCACACAUCAGAGAAUUCACACAGGGGAGAAGCCAUUUUCAUGUUCAGAAUGUGGGAAAUGUUUUCAUAAGAAAUCAGUUCUUGUUAAACAUCAGAGAAUUCACAGAGGAGAGAAGCCAUCUUCUUGUUUAGCCCGUUAGUGACCUCCCCUAUGUGUUUUUAUGGUGUUCACUAAUUGGCUUUAUUCCAUCACAUACGUUUUUUUAGGGCUCAUGCACAUGGUAGUAUUGCUGAGAUGCCCGUAUUGUGAACCAGAAACAGCAGAUCUUCAAUAUACAGGCACCAAACGUGUGCACGCCAUAUCACAGACGCUGACCCAUUGAGUUGAAUGUGUCUGCAUUCCGCAAGAUAUGGCAAGGUUUGGAGCAGAGGCACAGAUCGAAGUGCUUCAGCAGGAUUUCAGUCCAUGCAUCCACACUGCAAAAAAAAAAAAAAAACAUGUUCUAUUUUUUUUUGGCGGGACAGAAUGUAUCUUGCUAAUCGUGGACCUUUUGAAGUGAAUUGGUCUGCAUCUGCAACCGGCGUGCACUAUUCCGGUGGCUGUGCACUGCGGAGCCCUUUCAGUGAGAUAACACAUCACCUUGCUUUCAGCUACCAGAGGUAGCUGAGGCCUUGGAGACGUGAGAGCUCCCCAACAAUUCAUGGCCUCCUGUAUUGAAUGAAUGCUGGUGAUCAAAGGACAGAUUCAGUUAAAGUGAAAGUAAGUUUUUCUUUAAAAAUCUCCUCCAAACAAAAAUGUUUGAGAUUAAAUAAAAAACCCUACAGAUUCCCAAAGGUACCACCCAGCCUGUGAUUAGUAUGGGGACCCUCCAGUCCUGUAAAACUGCAAAUACAGAGUCCUAUGAGAAUGUCCAUAAAAUAGAGCUGGAUUCCCAUAAUAACUGGUGUCCAGACAUAUGGAAAAAGGGGCAUCAUUCACACUUGUAAAUGGACAGUUACUUGCAGUCAAGUGGAAUGACAGAUAGGAUGUCUGCAGGCUUUCCACUAAGCAUGAGGACAGCACAGGGGUAGUAAUAGAGAGAGGCGCCACCACUGGUAAGAGUAAGCCUGUCUACAUGACACAUCGUAAAUCUAUGGGAGUAGUAUAUCUUUCAACCAUAUCUGGUGAAGCACAAAACCAGAAAAAUAAAUGGGCAUUACAUCAAAUAUGGGCUUGUCGGGAAACCGUCAGCUCUGGUCCUACUGGGCACAUUUCAUCAGUAAUGUGCAAGUUCUCCCAACAAGUGACCCCGGCUAGGAUUGCCUCAUUACAUAGAUGCCAUUACUCGCCCUCCUAAAGGAAUAUCAUCUUAAUCUGUACGCCCUGACCAAAAUGUACCUGUAGAUAAAUUCAACAAGUUGGGUCCCCGCCACCGCUGUAUUUGUAUAUUUGUAAGUCAUGUGGUUCACUCAUCUCACAUGAUCUUAAUCUGUACACCCUGACACUGUUUCUUAAUAUAUUCUGUUGUCUGUUUUGCACAUAGUGGUUACUACCUUGCCAGGCAGAGGCUGUUUUGGUGCACAAGCUUCACAUUUGGAUGCCCCAGUUACAGUGAUGUGUAAAUGUCCCACCUGCCAAAAUAUAUUUUCUAAGUAUCAAAAUAUAUAAUAAAAUAGAAAAAAACAGCCCACACCUGCCGAAACGGUUGGCAUAGUUGCUCCUUUCACACGAAACAAACAAAAAUACCAAAACAGGGAACCAAUUUUAACCAUUUCUUCUGUGUCAAUUUGCAUAUUUAACCCUUAGGAUACAGAAGGUUUUUUCAUUUUUGCAUUUUUCUUUUUCUUCCCUAUUUUCCUUGAGCCAUAACUUUUUUUUAUA